AUGCCGUGGCGUGUUUGCGCUUAUGUUUUCGAAUUGCAGCUCGGGGUCCUAUUGCAAAAUGCACGUUUAUCCGAUUGGUGGGUUUCAGAUCUCCUUCCUUAUUUUGCUUCUGUCUUUCAUUUGAGAACAUACAAUAACGGCGUCGUUUCAGCAUCGAUUACAAUCGUUAGCAUCCUUAGCGCACUCUCGAGUGUAAAUAGCCUCGCCGCAUUCUCUGGAUGCGACACUGUUCGAGCCGUGCAGGAGAAUGAAGUGUUUUACAUCCAAUCGCCAGGCUACGGGAGCUAUUACAAACCGAACACCAACUGCCGAUGGCGGUUAAACGCGCCAACUGGGUUCCAACUCUACAUGAACUGUUAUGAUGUUAUUCUUCCGAGUAGUACUAAUUGUGCGGUUGAUCGUAUCGAGGUAUCUCUCAACGGAAAUGCUCUGCUAUCGGGAGCAAAGCGCUACUGUGGACUAGCAUCGUUUAUCGUGCAAUCUACUGCCAACAAGCUGACUGUGGGUUUGAGAUCACCGAAAGCUUCCAGUGGGGGCCGCUUUCGCUGUCAGAUUGUAGCCAAACCUCCGCCAUGUGACUGCGGCCGUCGGAGGACUGUGAAGAUCGUCAAUGGCAUGCCGACAUUGGUGAACGAGUUUCCAAUGGUUGCAGGAUUAGUGAGCUCAUCUGCGAAGAAAGUUUUUUGUGGGGCGACUAUCAUAUCGAAUCGCCAUGCACUGACUGCCGCACAUUGUCUUACUGGACAGAGAAUCACCAACACGGCCCUUCUUGUGGGGGAUCAUGACAUCUCAACAGGAGCCGACACCCCCUACUCUACAUUGAUGGCAAUCAGCACAUUCACAAUCCACAAUGGCUAUCGAGCGCAGUCUGUCAUCAAUGACAUAGCCAUAGUGCGCACACGGGAUCAAAUAGUCUUCAAUGCUGGAGUUGGACCAGCCUGUCUGCCGUGGCGAUGGUCAACGGCUUCGUUUGAUGGUGUGUCGGUUGAAGCUGUUGGAUGGGGAACGGUUGAUUAUGGAGCUCCUGCUUCGUUGGUGUUGAGAAAGGCCAAUUUAAACGUGGUGAGCUACGAGACGUGUCGACAGAUAUUGAGCAGUUCGGGAAUCACUAAGAAUCAGAUAUGUACGUACGCAGACGGGCGAGACAGCUGUCAGUAUGAUUCAGGGGGACCAGUGCUUUACACCAACCCUAACACCGAAGUAGUGUUCCACGUUGGAGUGAUAAGCUACGGGGUGGCUUGUGCAAGUUCUUAUCCGAGUGUAAAUACAAGAACCACGUCCUAUCUGUCGUGGAUAAGAGCAAAUACAGUCGGAAUAAAGUAUUGUGAGAAAUAA